AAAUGCAAGCCUUUUCAUGACCAGGACUCGCCGUUUGUAUCACGGCUAUCAGGCAAAGGCGUUUUUCCCCGAGGAUGUAAACGAAUUAAUUGAGAUUCGUGCUCGAGAGAGGACAUUCGAUGGUGCAUACGGCCGAACCGCAGUAGGGUGUCUCGGGUUUGCAUUGACGGUGCUGCGUCUAUUCGACAAACGAUUCUCUCGCAUCGGCAUCGCCUACGUCGUCCUUUCAGUUAUGCUCUACGCGCUCGCCUAUACAAGGCAGCGACAUUCCAAGCAUGACUUCGCUGAUCGUGAUAUCAUUAAGCCUGCUUUACCCACCAAAGGACAAGAGCAUCAGCGUAUCUUUGGUCGCCCCUUUAAGACUGCUGGAUGGAUUAUUGUUGGGGUUUCAGCUGCAGUCGCAGCUAUUGAGGUUGUAUUAUUUAUACUCGUCCUAGUUCUAUAGUUCCCCAUGACGGAAAACGCAGACAUGAACCAUCUAAUUCUCGCUCAACUGGCUCUGUAGUCUCCCCAAACCGCAUUUCACUCCCUGUCAGUUCUUUCACUGUUGUCAAUAGGAUAUUGCAGCCAAGUCCGAAGUGAAGUAAACGAAAGUAUAGCCUACGAAAGC